AUGAUCCUGUCCUUUGCCAUCCUAACUGCCGUCCUGGCUUUUGGAUUACGGCAGUCACCCCUUUUUUCAACACAACCCCACUGUCGCUGUCAACCUGGUAGCGCCUGUUGGCCUUCACAGGCGAGCUGGAACUAUCUGAAUACCUCGAUUGGUGGUAACCUCGUCGCUCUUCGUCCAGCAGGCAGUGUCUGUUUUAAAGAUGAAUUCACACCCGACGCAUGUGAAGACUUUGUGAAAAACUUUCACAACACCAAUUGGCGUGUGCAGAGUCCAGCCUCCUUACAGGUGGUCAAUUGGGAAAAUCUGCGGUCAAGGGAAGAAAGUUGUCAUGUCAGCCCCGACGGCAACAUAACGCAGUGUGAUCAGGGUCGAGUUGCCAGAUAUUCCGCCAAGGUAGAAAGCGUUUCUCAGGUGCAAGCAGUCAUUGAAUUUGCAGCCGCCAAUGACCUUCGUCUUGCUAUUCGCAAUACUGGACAUGAUCUCGCCGGCCGCUCGACAGCGGCCGAUUCGAUCCAAAUUCACACAGCUGGGCUGAAGGGAAUUCAGCAUACCGAGUCAUUUCAUCCCUCUGCACCAUGGGGGCAAGUUGUCGAGUCUGAAGGCCCUGCGGUUACAGUCGGUGCCGGUGUGAUGACCGGAGAGCUCUACUCGGCCGCCGCUGAAGGGAAAUAUACCGUCGUCGGUGGAAGUUGUAGUACUGUCGGUAUCGCGGGUGGCUGGAUGCAGGGUGGCGGUUAUGGUAUUCUUAGUCCCUCCAAAGGACUGGGCGUUGAUAACGUCUUGGAGCUAAACAUUAUCACAGCCAAGGGAUCCUACGUCACGGCCAACCGCUAUCAGAAUCAAGAUCUUUUUUGGGCCGUUCGUGGAGGAGGUGGUGGCACCUUUGGUGUUAUCACCAGCGUGACAUUUCGCACUUUUCCAGAUGUACCCGCAACUAUUGCCAAGCUGAAUGUGAUAAGUCCAAAUGGACCUGACGAGCCAUUCUGGAAUGCAGUUCAGGGGCAUCUUGGCGGUCUAACUGCCUUGAUUGAUCAAGGAAUUGCGACUCAAUCCUUUGCUAUUCCCAGCUUUCCCUUAGGUGGCGCCCUUCUCACCAGUGAGAUUUAUUUCAUCAACCAGACUGAUGACGCCGGGUCUCUACUGGUUCAGGACUUUGUCAAACAGGUCAAGGAUCUCGGCCUCCAUGUCGAUUACUCUGAAGAGCAUUUCGACCAACUCUCCACCUACCAAGCUAUCCCCAAAGGCUUGGAACAGGCCGGAGUAGGAAUCAUGACAGCCUCGAGGCUGGUAUCACGAGACUUAAUAGCCUCGUUGGACGGCCCGGCGACCAUGGCUCGAACACUAUCCCGGUUGCAUUUCAAUACUGGGGAUGCUCUGAGCUUUGAAGGAAUAGCAGGUGGAAAGAUCACCGGUACUAACAAAAGCAUUGAAAGUGCCGUUCACUCAGAUUGGCGUUCUGCAAUCAUGUCCCUGACUCUUGCACGAGCCCUUCCACUGGAGCCAAAUUGGGAGACGUAUCGGACGGUGGAGAGCGAGAUAAAUGAUAUACAACUUCCAUUGUUGGAGUCGUUGGAACAAGGAGAGAGAGGGGGUUACUUGGGUAUUCCAUUUGCGCACGAGAGACAACCUACACACACUUUCUGGGGUUCUAAAUAUAUUCGCCUGCUAGAGACCAAGCGUCGUUGGGACCCUAGCGACCUCUUUGUCACCCGGUUGGGAGUGGGUAGUGAGGAUUGGGAUGAGGAAGGCAUGUGUCGAAUAGCUUCCAGCAAUCUCAUGGAAACAUUAUUGUCCUGGUUCCGAGAGAGUUGCGGAUCUCUCACAGGGGUCCUCUGA